CCUCUUUUUACACAGGAACCCGCUUUUAAACUGAGGGAAGAAGUCCAGCACUCGACAGGAGAAGUAUUUACAGUCAGCUGGAGUUUAUUUAGAUGAGUUUUAAUUUAGACUCCAGUCUGGGGGUGGUUUUAGAGCCAGAGGCAGCUAGUUAGCUGCGUAGCUCCAUAUCGCUUGAUUAGUUUUAGUUGACAGUUCAGUGUUUUUACAGCUGGGCGGGGAGGGAAGACCCCCCUGCUGCAGGGUGAAGAGGGACUCAGUCUGUCUGACAGUGGAAGAUCAGGAGAAACUACUCAUCAGAAAUGUCCAAACACAAAGCAUCCAAGAAAAUGCUCAUUAUUGAGGAUGAUGAUCCUGUGGAUGAGCCAAAAGAGGGUGGAGAUGAACUCAACCCUUUCUCUUUUAAAGAAUUUAUCCGGAGCAAAAACUAUCCAUACAGCAGCAGCGAUGGUUUUGAGAAAGCACAUGGUGGUGCCUGUCAUGUGGAGGACGAAUAUAACUACCCCAGAGGAUUCGACCACAGUCACAAGGGUCAGUUUUUUAAUGAUCCCUCGCUGCUUGAUCAGUCCUUUGACACUGAACCUGACGAUGAAUGGACUGAAAGUUACCAGCCCUCUGCUGUGGAAGAGGCACAUGAGUUAGCACUGUGUGGAAAGCACGGUGCUUACAUGGAUCACUCACUACUGUCCAGUGAAGACAAGGACGACACUGCAAACGAGUGGGAAGUAGAGGAGGGCUUCUCGCCAAAGACUCAUGUCCACAGGAGAAGCACUGGCAGCUAUGAAGGAGAUGAGGAGACGUCGGUCAUCGAUAUAUCCUACCAUACUAAGAUAAGCAGUACGGAGAACAGGGUCAGGGACCAGCAGAAGCUAAGAGAAGAAAAUUCCCUUCUUAGGAAGCAAAUCAGAGAGCUCAUCAAAAAGUCAGAGACAGACUCCUCAAAGAUCAGACAACUCACAGAUGAGUUGCACAACCGAAAGUUACAAGAGGAGAGGGAAGCUAAAGCCUUAGAGACAAUGGUGCAGUCGGUGGAACAAAACCUUCAGUUAAUGACGAAACGUGCUGUUAAAGCUGAGAACAAUUUAUCCAAGUUGAAACAGGAGGUCCAGCAGCUCCAGAGCCAGUUAGACGCAUACAAAUGUGAAAAUGAGCGACUUCGAGCUGGAGAAAGUGCUGCUUUAACCACAAUGAGACACAAUGCGCACAUGGCAUCGGAGUAUCUUAACAAAGCAGCCAGAGAUGCAGAGACUUCCAUUAAGCAAUUGUUAACUGGAAGAGAGGCCUUGUGUCUUGUAUCACAGCUGCUGGGUUCCAUCGACAAGAUUACAGAAAUUCCAGAAUAAUCAUUUUAUUAUUCUUGGGUGUGAAGUGCCUUGGAUGUCUCAUGUCGUCUCAUCUCAUCUCAUCUCAACUCAAUCUCUACUGUUUUUUUUUUUUCAUUUUCACAUAACCACAUGCCUUUUAAACAAUACAACGGAUGAACAUAAUGUUUUGAGUGGUUGUCAGUGUAUAUUAUCAUAUGAUCAUGUUUUAUAUGUCAUUUUAAAACAAGUGAGUUUUCUGUCCGUUUCUAAAUCAGACUUACACAGUGGUGGUGAGGCAAAAGCUCACACGAAAGCUGUGAUAUGGGGCGGAAUCCUUACAAACACUGAUGUACAGUAUCACCAUCAUAUGGUUCAGUUCUCAUGUAAGAGAGCACUCACUUCUUACAUGAACAGAUUUCAACGGGACCCCACCAUUGUUUCCAGAUAAUGACUUCAAUUUGGCCUUUUGCACUGUGGCGCUCAACCCAGAUUAUUAUUUCACUCCCAGAAUGAAGAGCACUUCUAAUAGUAGUUAAAAUCUUUUAUAUUGGAAUAGGUUUUUGUAUACUUAACGUAAAAGUGUACCUUUUCAUAAUAUUACAUCUGUGUAAUAUGUAAUAUAUAUUUUAUACAAAGUAAAAAAAAAACAUGACUGAUCAGGUUUACACCACUGAUAUUAAUUUAAACAGGGCAUUUAUUUUCUCCUCACUGUUUCUAUAAAUUGAUAACUUUAAAUUCUGAAAGUGGGAAUUUAUUCACACACAUUAAAUCUGCAUGCAUGUUGCACUCCUAUUUGACCAAAGAGUCAUAUAAACUGAACAUAAAUGUUGUGUUUUUCCUGAUUUUACUUUUCACUUCUGUAUCCAUUUGCUUCACUUUUUAUAUAACUAUCAAACAUGAGUUGAAUUUAUUUAUGUUACUAAUCAGAUAUUUAGAUAGAGACUUUUAUAGUGCCUUAUUGACGAAUGAAUCAAUGAAUAAAUAAAUAAAUAAGCUACUUUUAAUGUGACCAGAGAUUCAUUAUAUGAAAUUUUAGAAACUUAUUUUGACACCAGUAAAACCAAUGAUGUGCUUAGUGGUAACGAAAUAAACACAUUUUUUUAACGAA